AACCCUUGAACUUAUAAAAGAAGAGAUUUCUCAUUGCCAGGAAAAAAGGGUAAUUUUAUUCAGAUAGUACAACAGAAACAGAGAAAGGACUUGGUCAGCAUGCAAAAACAAGGUCUUAAUUAUCCUCAGGAUAGAAAAUCUGCUCUGCCGGAGAUUGGAAAACCUUCUCAAAUAAGAUGGAAACAACCAACACCAGUGUGAUUUUGGUAACAGUACGACUAUCUAGGACAAAGUUAUAGUGUGGGUGCCAAAUCCGGCAGCACCAAUAACUGGUUCUGCCACAUGUCAUCUUUUCGGAUCUUUUAGAUGUUGGUGAUCUUUUUGGAUGUUGGUGAACUUUUUGGAUCAUAGUGAUGUUUUUGGAUGUUGGUGAACUUUUUGGACGUUAGUGAUCUUUUCGGAUAUUACAAAUUGCCUGAAAAGUUACAAACAAGCGGCAACAUAUGUGAUGAACUUAAGCUCGCUCUGUUGCGGAGAUAUUUCAACGAGAGUGACAUGACUGCACUUCAACCAGAGGACAUGCAACAAAUACCUGGCUGGAUUCCAACAAGCUUUUUGCAACACACAAUGGCGUCCAUAUCAGAGGAGGAUCUCUCCUGUCCGGUCUGCCAUGACGUCUUUAAUGAUCCAGUUGUCCUGACAUGUAGCCACAGCUUCUGUAAAGUCUGUUUGAAGAACUGGUGGAAAGGAAAACAAACACACGAGUGUCCAGUUUGUAAGAGAAGAUCCUCAAGGAGUGAUCCUCCUCAUAACCUGGUGUUGAAGAACCUGUGUGAGAGUUUCUUAGUGAAGAGAGAUCAGAAAGUUUCAGCCGGGUCUGAGACUUUCUGCCGUCUACACCUUGAGAAACUUAAACUCUUCUGUCUGGACCACCAGCAGCCAGUGUGUGUCGUCUGCAGAGAUUCAAAAGCACACACCAACCACAGAUUCAGACCCAUGAAUGAAGCUGCUCAGGAUCUCAAAGAGGAGCUCCAGAAAGCUCUGCAGCCCUUUCAGGAGAAGUUAAAGACUUUUGAAGAAGUUAAAGUGGAGUUUGAUCAAACAGCAGGACACAUGAAGGUCCAGGCUCAACACACAGAGACGCAGAUUAAGGAGCAGUUUAAGAAGCUUCACCAGUUUCUAGAAGAGGAAGAGGAGGCCAGGAUGGCUGCACUGAGGGAGGAAGAGGAGCAGAAGAGGAGGAAGAUGGAGGAGAAGAUGGAGGCUGUGAGCAGAGAGAUAGCAGCUCUUUCACACACAGUCAGAGCCACAGAGGAGGAGCUGAGAGCUGAAGACGUCUCCUUCCUGCACAACUACAAGACUGCAGCGGAGAGACUGCAGCGCCCCCUGCUGGAGGAUCCACAGCUGCCCUCAGGAGCUCUGAUAGACCAGGCCAAACACCUGGGCAACCUCAGCUUUAUUAUCUGCGACAAGCUAAUGGAUUUGGUCACCUACACUCCUGUGAUUUUGGACCCAAAUACUGCUCAUCCAUUACUCAUCCUGUCUGAAGAUCUGACCAGUGUGAGACGAGGAGAGAGACAGAAACUUCCUGAUAAUCCAGAGAGGUUUCAUAAAUACUACUACUCAGUCCUGUGCUCUGAGGGCUUUAACUCAGGGACUCACAGCUGGGAUGUUGAAGUUGGAGGCAGUGCAGGCUGGUUUCUUGGUGUAGCCUCAGAGUCCAUCAAAAGGAAAGGGAAAGCAGAGUCUGGAUUAUGGAGAAUAGGAUUCUCUUAUGGAAAAUACAAAAUACUCUCCCCAUCAACACAACCAAGUGAUCUCUCAGUGCCCAUGAAGCUCCAGAGGGUCAGAGUGCAUCUGGACUGGAACAGAGGAAAGUUGUCGUUCUCUGAUCCUGACACUAACACACACAUACACACCUUCACACACACUUUCACUGAGAUGAUGUUUCCAUACAUUAGCAAUACAGAUCAAAUCCCUAUAAAGAUUUUACCAGAAGUGGAUCAGGACAGGUAGG